AUGGCAGCAACACUUACACCCUCUAGCUCGACCGUUCUUCAUCCCGCCGGUCACGCUAACAACCGAGUGAAAAACAGCUUCUCCAUCGAGCAUCUCCUUGCCAAACCGGAUCGUGCCAGUGCCUCGACCUCCGGCGGAUGUUUUCCGGGAGGAUUUCCCGACGGACGCUUGACAGGGUCCUUCGAGACCGCCAGCCCGUCAAUGCACAGAGCCAUGGUUUAUCAGAGCAUCAUGAGCUGCGGAACAUCGACGGAAGCGUGUUUGGAGGAGGAUAAGACUGAACCGGGCGAUAGUUCGUUCGAGGAUCGGCUUGAACCGGAUCGGACGGGUUCUUCAUCGCCUGGAUCUAGCUGCAACGAGGACCCGAUGGACAAUUGCUCUGAGAUUGCAUCGGAAGGAAGCGUUGGAGGAGGACUCACGAGUCAUGAUGACCGAAAAAAACGUCCUCGGACCGCGUUCUCGGCGGCUCAAAUCAAGGCACUGGAGACGGAAUUCGAACGUGGAAAAUACCUAUCCGUGGCCAAGCGAACAGCCCUGGCCAAGCAGCUUCACCUGACCGAGACGCAGAUCAAGAUCUGGUUCCAAAAUCGACGCACCAAGUGGAAGCGCAAGUACACGGCCGACGUGGAGUCUCUCGCAUCGCACUACUACUCCCAGCUCGGUAUUGGCAGCUUCGCCCGACCCAUGGUCGUUGGUGAUCGAUUGUGGCUAUUCAGCCAGACACCAAACGGACCAACACCGGUACAAUCUCUGCUUCUUAAUGGACCUCAACCUGCUCCUUCCGGUGCAUCGACACAUCAUCCGGCACUUGGGAUGCAACAUCCGGCAGGCAUGAGACCAUAUCCUGUGCCACCAAUGACCGCCGGUCCUAGCUUCACAAACCGCCCCGUUCUAUCACCCGGAGGAUAUGUGCCAGCAAUGGGAGCCACUGGUCCGGGAGGAUUCCUACAUAAAAUUCCCGCAACAUCGCCGCCAAUCCGAUUGGGACCUCCGCUUGGGUUGAGGCCACUCUCGUCCAGUGAGCUCAUCGACGGGGCAUACUACGGACCGGCUGGAAUGCCUGGGCCAAAGUUCAACCCGAGCGAGCUGGUGAAUGGAGGAAUACUCGCACCUGAUGGCAGUGGUUCCGGAAUAGCGGAUCUCGAGCGAGCUUUUGGCAAUCCAAGCAGCAUGAUCGAUGGUUUAGCUUCGUCGAGUGUGACAGGAUCGGUGUUGGACAGUAGCGGAACACGAACCAAGCGGGGUGCAGAUCUGCUCAACAACAACGAGUGCAACAGCAAGGACGGGUUCCAACGGAGUGAUCACGAUUCGUCGAGCGAUAUCGAUUGCGAGGAAAUCGACGACGAAGCAAUGGUUUAG